AUGGGAGGAUCUUCAGCCACUCCUAAUUUCAGGGAUUUUGAAGCUGAUUCGAGUUGCAGGGUACCUGAAUCGCAAAGAAGAAAUGAAGGUUAUCAUGGGUUGUCUGGCUUUCGCGAUAUUUCAUCCAACUCGACUAGUUCUGAGACGAGGCGACGAGUAGUGCUGUGUGAUUGUGGUGUUCAAAGUCCAUUGGUGACAACAUGGACUGGGGUCAAUCGUGGAAGGAGGUUUUAUGGUUGUGGGCUGUUUGAGGUGCAUCGUAAGAAGGUAUGCAACUUCUUCCAAUGGCAUGAUGCUGAUGAUGACAAUUGUAAUGCUAGGGAGAAGAAGUUGAUUGUUGUCUUAAACAAGAAGAAUGAAGAGCUGCAGAAGAAAGAGAGGAUCCUAGUUGCCUCUUUGUUCAUGUCAAUGUUUGUGAUCCUUGUGUUGUUGGUAGCUUAUGUAAGGAAGUAG